GAGGAGAGAAGGAAACCGAAAAACUCAUCGGAAGAAAGUCGACUUGUGACGUCAUUCGCUCGAACAGCCAAUUAGAAACAAGGAUCAUCCGCACCAGUGAAGAUUCUCAAAUCAUAAAUAGGCGCACACGCAGCACAGACAAGCGGUUUAUAAAGCACCUUACAGCGAGUACUAGCCGUAAAGGAACUUCGAAGAGGAGCUCUAGCCGUCCUGCUGCAGAUUUAAGUUUUGAAAGUCUAGAAAUUCCAAUGGAGCUGACAGUAAAAUUCCUCAAUGGGAAAACAUACCUCAUGGAUGUGAAUCCCUCCAUUACUGUGAAGCAGCUAAAGCAGCAAAUAGAGAGCCGAUCUGGAUGUCCAGCACAACGUAUGAAUCUAGCAGUUCAGAAUGGAUCGACAAAUACUUUGGAAAAAGAGGACUGGAGACUUGAUCAAUAUGGGUUGAAACCUGGGACUAUUGUGACAGUGAUCAUCACCGAACCAAAGCCCAUGCAGGUGUUUCUGAAGAAUGACAAAGGUCAAACAAGAACCUACGAGAUACAACCUGGUGAAACUGUCACAGACUUCAAGCAAAAAGUCUAUCAGGGUGAAAAGGUUCCUACUGACCAGAUGGUACUUAUAUAUGAAGGAAAGCAGCUGGAGAAUGGCAGAAAAAUGGAUGACUACAACAUUCAAGCCAAUACGACCAUUUAUCUCCAACUACGUCUCCGCGGAGGAUAAUAAAAUGUCCUAAUCCAUCCCAGUAUUUGUCAUUGGCUGCAGUAUUUACUUACUAUUAAAAUAAUGAAAAGGAAGAAACCGGCACCUUUCACUUUUGCUUCUGUUCCUAUUUGUAAUAAUAAUAUUGUAAUAGUAUUUUAUAUAGUUGUAAUAAUAUUUAGGCUCAAUCUAAAAUCAGAAGUGUUCUAGAACUUAAAAGAUUAGUUGAAAAAAUGUAGCACUACAUUUUUUUUAUUUCUUAUACUGUACAUUGUUUUAUAUGAGGACACAUUAAUAUAUAAAGUGCAUUGUUGUAAUUAGAGUUGUUUUCUGAUGUUUAUUUAAUAUACAAUUGUAACCCUCACUGUUUAUUUUAUUUCAUGAUAAUCUAGUUUGUUCUACUGUUAUAUAAUGCAGCUACAGUACUUAUGCAGACUGCUGAAGUGAAUUUGUAUUCCACAUUACUUUACAAUAAAACUGCUGUUUCAUAAUAUUGCACGUUUAAAGGAGACCAAAAAAAUAAAUAAAUAAAUCUUUUAUCAAAA